GCAGCUGGUCUCGGGUCAGUCUGUCGCAACAUUUUCUUCGCUCUCUUUGUUUCAUAUGAAAGAUUCUGAUGGACAAACCCCAUCGCCUUGUACCGGGUUAAACCUAGAUUAAAGCCGGAUUAAAACUGGGCUAAGGGUGAAUGAGAAGCGGGACCCGGACCCGGUGCCGGACCCGAAGCGGAUCAGUGGAGACUUCAUUUCAGGUUUGGCUUCUGGGUGUUUGGAUCAUGGGUCGGUAGGACGGGCGAACUUUCUGCAAACUUGUAUUUCUUCGUCUCCAUGGAGAUGGGACUUUUCUCCGCCAAUUGAGGAGCUGAUCACUCUCCGAUCCAGUAUCCAUAACCUGUAUCGAUCGCGUAUUGAUCAGCGGGAUGGCUGCGCUCCUCCUGCUGCUGCUCGCGCUCUGCACCAGCGGGCAUGCCAAGAGCGCGUUCCCGCAGAGAUCCUCCUACAGCCUGUACACCGGCGGGAACGCGCACGGAGCUCGGGUCGCCAGCAGACACAGGAACUGGUGUGCGUUCGUGGUGCAGAAGACGGUGAGCUGUGUGGUGGAGGACGGGGUGGAGACCUACGUGAAGCCCGAUUAUCACCCCUGCAGCUGGGGGAGCGGACAGUGCAGCAGGGUGGUGGUCUACCGGACCUUCAUGAGGCCGCGCUACAAAGUGGCCUACAAGAUGCUGACGGAGAUGGAGUGGAAGUGUUGUCACGGUUACGGCGGAGACGACUGCAGCAACGGUCCUGUCGGGGGAGCUGGAACCCAGAUUUCCACCACCAGACCUCAGCCCAAACCAGGGGGACAAGGCGGAGGAGGACAGGGGGGAGGAACUAACUAUGGACAAGGCGGAGGAGGACAGGGGGGAGCAACUAACUAUGGACAAGGCGGAGGAGGACAGGGGGGAGGAACUAACUAUGGACAAGGCGGAGGAGGACAGGGGGGAGCAACUAACUAUGGACAAGGCGGAGGAGGUCAGGGGGGAGCAACUAACUAUGGACAAGGCGGAGGAGGACAGGGGGGAGGAACUAACUAUGGACAAGGCGGAGGAGGACAGGGGGGAGCAACUAACUAUGGACCGGGCGGAGGAGGACAGGGUGGAGGCAGUUCUGGAAGCGGACAGAGUGGAGGAGAUGGCGGACGAUCGGGGAAUGAGAAGACGAGGCAGCUGGAGGAGAGGAUCCAGAGUCUGACCAAAAGCCUUCUGGACCUUCAGAUCACCGUGAACGAACACUUUAAACGGGAGGACAACAGGCCGGACGUCAGCAGUGGAGGAGGAGGAGGAGGAGGAGGAGGAUUGUCUUCAGGGGGAAGGAACCCUGCUGACGCGGCUCAGCCCGAGAUUAAAGAGACAAUUCACAUCAUUCAGACCAAACUGGACCAGCUGGACAACCGCACACAGGCCCAUGAUAAAACCCUGGUUAGCAUCAACAACCACCUGGUCAACGGGAAGGACAACGACCUGGACGGAGGUCCGCCUGGAGGAGGAGGAGGUGGAGGGAAGCUGAAUUCGCUGAAGGAGGAGAUCCUGAGGGAGCUGGAGAGGAGGGUGUCUCUGUCCUGCUCCUCUUGUCAGGCAGGUGUGGAAGAUCUGCGCCGACAGCAGCAGGAGGACAGGGAGAGGAUUCGAGCUUUGGAGAAGCAGGUCAGUGCCAUGGACGUCCGGUACCAGCAGGGCCUGGACGGAGUCCGGCGGGAGGUGGUGCGCUCGCAAGGCUGCUGCACAUCUGUCAACGACCUCCAAAACCGCGUCACCGAUGCCGAGCGCAAGAUCAGCUCGGCCUCAGAGAACUGUGACGCUCUGCAGAACCGUCUGGACAAGGAGCUCGGUGGAGGAGGCGGCAACAAGAAGACCGGCGGCUUUGUAGGAGGAGGGCUCGGCGAUGGAAGCGUUGGGAGGGAUGCUGUGGUGACGGAGGACCUGCUGGACAACCGGUUGAGGGACCUGGAGCGACGUGUCAAUGCCACCGUGCAGCAGACCGAGCAGAGCUGCUCGUACCUGGAGAACGACCUGAAGGACUACUUCCACAGGGAACUGGGGGACCUUAGGACCGUGUUCCUGGACCGCUUUGACGACCAGGCCUUCAGGAUCGCAGACGUGGAGCUGGACGUGGGGCCGUUGAAGGACGGCGCCAGCGAACACGGCAGGAGACUGUCCAAACUGGAGAACAACACAUCCCUCAUUGGCCAGAGGCUGGAGGAGUGCAGCUGUGGAGGGUCUGAAAAAGGAGAAGGAGGAGGAGGAUCUACAGGAAUACGAUCUACAGUGUCUACAGGAGGUGGAUCUACAGGAGGAGGAUCUACAGAAGGAUGGUCUACAGUAGAAAGUCCUACAAGAGAAGGGUCUACAGGAGGCAAAAGGUUAUCUGUGACAGGAGGUGAAGGAGAAGGUACAGCAAAGAAAUCACUGGAGUGGAGAGUGGUUGCCAACGAAGAUCAAAUUCAACACUUUAACACUCAACUCAAAGACCUGUCGACGUCAGGAGAGUCUCUGCUCGACAAGGUCGUGGACCUGAGCCUCGAUGUCCGGAGGAUCCAGGCCCUGACCGGGGAUCACGGCGAGCACUUCAACCAAAUCGUGACGGAGGUUGAGAUGCUGGGGCAGCACUGCGAGGUGUGUGGGAAGGUGGAGGCGGAGCUGCAGAGGCUGAGGAAUUAUUCCCAUGAUGCCCUGGGGCGCAUACAGAGUCACGUCAACAGACUCCAGGUCAGACUGGACGUGGGGAAAGAGAGCUGCUUCCAGAUGUGCCCGCAGCUGGAGGACGAAGUCCGCCUGCUGCGAGACGACGUCGGGAGGUGCACCAGCCGAUGUGGUGGUUCCGGUGGUUCCGGUGGUUCUGGUGGUUCUGGUGGUACCGGCGGACUCGGACCCAGGCUGGACGCUGAGAAGCCUCUUGACGGCCACAGCGUGAUCGGAGGUUCCAUCAACAACAACCAGCUGAAGACGCUGCAGGGCGAGUUGUCCGAGGUCAUCCUCACCUUCAGCUCCAUCAACGACACCCUGAAGGGGCUCGAACACACGGUGCAGAAACACGGCAGCGUCAUUACCGACCUCGGAAACACAAAGGACAAAAUCAUCUCCGAGCUGGACAAGAUCCAGCAGGAGGUGACGGAGCACGUGGAGGAGAGCCGCGACCGGCUGGACGCGGUGGAGGCGGACGUCCGGCGGUUCGAGAGCACGCUGCUGGUGGAGACGGGAGACUGCAGGAGGUCCGGAGACGGGCUGGAGAAGAGGCUGUCGAAGCUGGAGGGAGUCUGCGGCCGGCUGGACGGCGUGUCCGAGUCCGUCCUCAAGAUCAAAGACGGUCUGAACCGACACGUGUCCGGCCUGUGGACCUGUGUCUCCGGUCUGAACGAGUCGGUGGUCCGUCACGGAGGAAUCAUGGACUUGAUCCAGAAGAACCAGGACGAGGUCUACAGCCGUGUGAAGAACCUGAACUCCAGCCUGAACCAGGUGCUCCAGGACCUGCAGGGUUCUUCUGAGCGCAACCUGAGCGGCCUGCCCGGCCCCCCAGGACCCCAAGGAGAGAGAGGCUUCAUCGGGCUCCCGGGUCCACAAGGGCCCCUCGGGCCCCCGGGACGACAGGGGGAGAGUGGCUUCCCAGGUCUGCCUGGUCCUAAAGGUGAACCAGGAGUGGCUGGUGUCGGCGCUCACGUGCCCAGACUCUCUUUCUCUGCGGCUCUCACCGUCCCCAUGGAGAGGGCUGGAACUAUCCUCUUCGACAAGGUCUUUGUCGAAGAAGGGGACUCCUACGACCCGAGAACAGGUAUCUUCACCGCACCCCUGAACGGACGUUACUUCUUCAGCGCCAUCCUGACGGGUCACAAGAACGAGAAGAUCGAGGCGGUCCUGUCCAAGUCCAACUACGGCAUGGCCCGGGUGGACUCCGGGGGCUACCAGCCCGAGGGCCUGGAGAACAACCCCGUGGCCGAGGCCAAAGCCACCCCGGGGUCCCUGGCCGUCUUCAGCAUCAUCCUGCCCCUGAAGACCGGGGACACGGUCUGCAUCGACCUGGUGACCGGAAAACUGGCCCACUCUGUGGAGCCCCUCACCAUCUUCAAUGGUGUGCUGCUGUACAAAGACAUUUGACAAGGGGGGUCAGGAGUCAUUCUGAGCUUUGCAGAACUUUCUCACUUGAACUGAGUUGUGACUCCAUUUCCGAACCGGCCUCAUGAAGACAAACUCUGUUAAGCUGGUUUGAUUUUGUUUUUCUGAAGAGAGUUUGUGGAUUCUCUGCUUGCUGACCUGACGUGGUCUCGUGAUCUGAACCGCGAGGGCGGGGGUCUCAGCGGCUGCGAGGCGGACCUGCUUCCUCUCGCAGCUUAUUUGAAACACAGUAAAUCCGUUAUCAAUCGUCUGAAUGGUUGAUGUUGGACAGACGGGGGAGACGCUCGUCGCCAUCCGUGAGUCCCUCAUGUGACAAUGUGACUUUCAGUAUGAUGAACAGGUCUUUGCUCUGAGCUUUAUAAAAGCAGAAUGUUUUUUACAGUUAAAUUUCACAUUGUGGAUGUUUUGUAUUAAGCUUUAACUUUCCCUGUUUUAUUGGUGUUUUUAUGUCCUGCCAAGUACUUAAACCCUUAAUAUCACUUUGAUGCACAGAUGCUGAAAAACAAAGCUGUUCUGCAUAUGUGUCACUGUCCACAAAUCCCAUUUAAAGUCCAAUGGCAAAAGACAAAUUCAAAUGUUCAAAUCAUUUGUUCAAGUCAAGACCAAAAUUCCGCAUUCAAGAUGUUAUUUAAGGGGAAAGUUUCAUCAUCAAAAUGUAUAAAAAGUAUGUAAAUGGAGGUCAUUACACACACAAUGUUUUCAUGGAUGGAUUCCUGAACAGGUCCUCCCUCUAAGAGACAUGUAACCACCAGCCACACCAUGAAGAAACAACAAGCUACUAAAAAGAGACACCCAAAACAACGAUGAAAAUAAAACCACUAAAAAGAGAUUUAAAUAACUUGAAGAAAGAAACUACCUUAAAGAAACACAAAACUAGACUGGAAUUAGACCGAAUGUGACUUAAAAGAGACACGAAACGACUACAAAGAGAUACAAAACAAUAACAAAGAGCCAGAUUAUGACGACAAAGAGACAAAAGACAACCACAAAGAGACACAAAACACCAUUAAAAAGGCAGAAUAUGACUUCAAAGAACCACAAAACGACUUCAAAGAGACAGCUUGUGACUAUGAAGAGACACAGGACGAGAAACAAAGAGACACAAAACAACAAGAAAGAGCCAAAAUAUGACAAAGAAACACAAAACGACUUCAAAGAGACACAAAA